AUGUUUAACUUGGGCAAUUACAAAGAUGUCUUGAGUUCGAUUAAUGAAAUUAAAAAAGCAUUAAAAGUUUCCGACAAACAGAUAGCUGAUUGGAUUUGGGAUUUAUUCAGCGGAACUGAGAUUCAGUACUCGCCUAGUCAACAAGAGUUAGAUGCAAGAACAGUCAAUGACGUUGGAAGCUUCAUUGAAAAUAUCACAGCCUUGCUUUUCGGUGUUGAAGUUUCUCGGAAUCUGGCUUGCUUAAUUAUUCAUCCGAUGAUGUUAGAUUUAAUUCGACAUAACAGUUUAAGUUGGCAAGAUGCUCUUACUGGGAUGGCUUCAAUGCCGAUGGCUUCUGAAAAUGCAGUUGCUGCGUCUAGAGGGCUUCGCAUUGCAUAUAAAAAAUAUUUGAGUCUUGGUUAUCGCAGUUAUAGUUAUGACUAUGCUAAAAAUGAAGUAUUAGAUGUUACGCAGCCCGAAGUUUUAUGUUUGGCUACGAAAGAACAUGAAAUAGUUAAUAAUUGGCUGAAAUACAUUCCUUCAGCAGAUAGAAAGCUGUCAAAAAAGGUGCCGACAGAAACAGCCAUUGGUGCAAUAUGUGUUGCUAUUGAUAGAUGGUAUGCUAUUAAAAUACAAGAGAAUUUUAAACGUCAAGAGUAG